CGACGGAGCGACUGAGGAGCUGCUCGGUGGCCGCGGCCGCCGCCGCCCAUCACCGCGGGAGAGGCGGCCCCGCCGUGCGCGCCACAAGCCUGGGCAGCCGGCCCCGCGCCUCCGGGCCCGAUGUCCAUACCCAGGAGGAGGCUGCUGCAGGUCCCUCAUGGCUGUUCCUGAAAGGGAGGUCCCUCUUCUCUAGAUGAGCUCCAGCACCUCCCGGUAAGGCUUCUGCAGCCCUCUCCUGUCCGCUGGCCUGCACUGCACCCCUUUCCCAAGAUGAGUGGCUUCCUGAGCUCACUGGACCCCUGGCGGGCCCGCUGGGGGGCCGCCUGGUACGCCAUGCACGCCCGCGUCCUGCGUACCAAGCCGGUAGAGUCCAUGCUGGAGAGCACCGGGACCACCACCGCUCAUGGUACUAAGCUCGCCCAGGUGCUCACCACCGUCGACCUCAUCUCCCUCGGCGUGGGCAGCUGUGUGGGCACCGGCAUGUAUGUGGUGUCCGGCCUGGUGGCCAAGGAGAUGGCAGGACCUGGCGUCAUCGUGUCCUUCAUCAUCGCAGCUGUGGCCUCCAUACUGUCAGGUGUCUGCUAUGCAGAGUUUGGUGUCCGAGUCCCCAAGACCACGGGGUCUGCCUACACCUACAGCUACGUCACUAUCGGAGAAUUUGUGGCGUUUUUCAUCGGCUGGAACUUGAUCCUGGAAUACCUGAUUGGCACUGCGGCCGGCGCCAGCGCCCUGAGCAGCAUGUUUGAUUCACUGGCCAACCACACCAUCAGCCGCUGGAUGGUGGACAGCGUGGGCACCCUCAACGGCCUAGGGAAAGGUGAAGAAUCGUACCCAGACCUUCUGGCCCUGUUAAUUGCCGUCAUUGUGACCAUCAUCGUGGCUCUGGGGGUGAAGAACUCUGUGGGCUUCAACAACGUCCUCAAUGUGCUGAACCUUGCAGUGUGGGUGUUCAUCGUGAUUGCAGGCCUCUUCUUCACCAACGGGAAGUACUGGGCUGAAGGCCAGUUCUUGCCCCACGGUUGGUCAGGGGUGCUACAAGGUGCAGCCACGUGCUUCUACGCUUUCAUUGGCUUCGACAUCAUCGCCACUACGGGAGAGGAAGCCAAGAACCCCAACACAUCCAUCCCUUAUGCCAUCACUGCCUCCCUGGUCAUCUGCCUGACAGCCUACGUGUCUGUGAGCAUGAUCUUAACUCUGAUGGUGCCAUACUACGCCAUUGACACGGAAUCGCCACUCAUGGAAAUGUUUGUGGCCCACGGAUUCUACGCUGCAAAGUUCAUAGUAGCCAUCGGCUCAGUUGCAGGACUGACUGUCAGCUUGCUGGGCUCCCUCUUCCCAAUGCCCCGGGUCAUUUAUGCCAUGGCUGGUGAUGGGCUCCUUUUCAGGUUCCUGGCCCACGUGAGCUCCUAUACGGAGACGCCAGUGGUGGCCUGCAUUGUAUCGGGGUUCCUGGCAGCCCUCCUCUCGCUGCUCGUCAGCCUCAGAGACCUGAUCGAGAUGAUGUCCAUCGGCACACUCCUCGCCUACACCUUGGUCUCUGUCUGUGUCCUGCUCCUUCGGUACCAGCCCGAGAGCGACAUCGAUGGCUUUGUCAAGUUCUUGUCUGAGGAGCACACCAAGAAGAAAGAGGGCGUCCUGGCCGACUGCGAGAAGGAGGCCUGCUCUCCAGGGAGUGAGGAGGACGAGUUCUCUGGCCCCGCCACUAACACAUGUGGGGCCAAGAACUUACCGUCCCUGGGAGACAACGAGAUGCUCAUUGGAAAGUCAGACAAGUCGGCCUACGGCAUCAACCACCCCAACUACGGCACCGUGGACAUGACCACAGGCAUCGAAGCUGAGGAGUCUGAGAACAUUUAUCUCAUCAAGCUGAAGAAGCUGAUCGGGCCCCGUUACUACACCCUGCGGAUCCAGCUGGGCCUUCCGGGCAAGAUGGACCGGCCCACAGCCGCGACGGGGCACACGGUGACCGUCUGCGUCCUCCUGCUCUUUGUCCUCAUGUUCAUCUUCUGUUCCUUCAUCAUCUUCGGCUCCGACUACAUCUCGGGGCAGAGCUGGUGGGCCGUCCUCCUGGUCGUCCUCAUGGUGCUGCUGAUCGGUGCCCUGGUGUUCGUGAUCCUGCAGCAGCCAGAGAACCCCAAGAAGCUGCCCUACAUGGCCCCCUGCGUGCCCCUUGUGCCCGCCUGUGCCAUGCUGGUGAACAUCUAUCUCAUGCUGAAGCUCUCCACCAUCACCUGGGUCCGGUUUGCCGUCUGGUGCUUCGUGGGUAUGCUCAUUUAUUUUGGGUACGGCGUCUGGAACAGCACCCUGGAAAUCAGUGCCCGCGAGGAGGCCCUGCACCAAAGCACGUACCAGCGCUACGAUGUGGACGACCCCUUCUCGGUGGAGGAAGGUUUCUCCUACGCCACCGAGGGCGAGAGCCAGGAGAACUGGGGCGGGCCAGCCGAAGACAAAGGCUUCUCUUACCAACAGAUGUCAGAGGGGAAGGCAAGCGGCCGGGCAGGCAGCAAAGCCAAGAGCAAAAGCAAACACAGACAGAACUCGGAGGCCCUGAUCGCAAACGAUGAGCUGGAUUACUCUCCAGAGUAGGGUGAGUGCGCGGGACGGUAGAAAUGAUGACUGAUUGUCAGUAACUUCACCUGUGGGCUGGAAGGUGACACUUCCCUGGCUUUCAUUUCAGAGAUCCAGCCUAACCUGAAGUCAGUCCCCUGUCAUAGCCUGUCAUUUACCACUUUUGCUCUUCAGGGUAGUUCUGUAGAAGGCCUUGACCUGGGUCCCUAACUGGUUCUCUUAUAAAAAGAAACUCAACAAAGAGGCUACUCAAAGUUCUGUCUGAGAUGCAACCACUAGGCCUUUGCUUUGCUGGUAGAAUCUUUCUGCUUCUUAUCAAGACCCCAAGAAGCUAGGAGCAGACAUUUUGGACACCACUAAGGCUGCACCUUCUCCUGGGGGUGGGCCAAAGUGGGGGGGCUGUGGGGAAACAGGCAGCAUCUCAACCACCUGAGACAUGAGGGCAAAGCUCUGUCCUCAGCGUGCUAGGUGCCAGGUCAGGGCAAGCAGGUGACCACUGGCACUUCCUCAACAACCAACAUUUUGUCUUGAAAUCUCUCCCAAAAAAGUCAUGGAGAAGACGCAUGCUUCUCUUGAUUCACCAGUCCAAACUAUAAUUUUGGGCUCUAUCCAAGGCCAGGGACUCUGAGACCAUUUCUCCCAAAGGCUUCAGAUUCUCCAUGAAGUCAUGAGACCCAAUAGUACAAUGAGAAGUACCAUCCACACUCUACUGAAAUGCCCAGAAAAACAGUCACAUAACCUCUUGCAGUGAAGGCCAGAAGGGCAUUGGCAAAAAGUAACCCUCUGUCAUGCCUCCCCUUACACAGUCUCUAAGCUCCUGCUGAUAUGAGGGAAGAGGGCAAAGGUAGGGCAUGAUUUCACGGCACUGCUAUGCCUGGAAGAAGGGGACUGUUUGUCUUAUAAUCAGAUAAAAAUCUUUACAAGGAGAAGUGACCCAGCCACUGAGAUCACAUUGUGGAUUCUAUUCCAUAUUUCUAAGUUAUAAAUUCUGUAGCUGAGAUGUGCAGCCACUUGACUGGUGGCAGCGGCUCUGAGAAUAAAAAAUGUCGAAGGGCAGCUACCUAGGUGAUUGCACCCCUGAGAUCACGUUUCACUUCUGAACUCCUUCCUCUGGGCAGCUCACUUUUAGAGGUGUAUUUUUUCGGUUAUUUCCCACAACAGUUGCACUGAAUCCCAGAGAAAUACCUACCCGGUAAGGUUUAAAUUAGGGUCAUAAGAGAGAUUCUUAAAAGAAUUUUCUCAGAAACAGGAUGGAUGAGGGGAUUUGCAGCAGGUAAGGACAUGUGAGCUCCCCCUGCGCCUGGGUCCCCAGGCUGCACUGAGCCACAUCACUCACAGGGCACAGCUUGAGCCGAGCGAAACCCUGCAUGAGUUUUCUGAAAAGUUGGGGCAAGACAGAAAAUUCCUUGCCCUCCCUCUCCUGGAUUUAUUGUUAAGCCAAAAGUUUUCCAGAACACAUCACCUAAUAUUUAAGUCUGUUCUGCCUUAAAGGUCGAGGUCAGGCCUUCUUGGCAUAUUUUAGGGUUAAGAGGAGGAGGCAGAAGUCCCUAUUUCCACACAAGUGAUGCUAAGAAUAUACCAAGUACUGAGUGAUGGAAAUGUAAGGAGGGGUGACCCCUGCCCUUGGGGCCCACAGUCUGGGUGAGCAGCGCUUAAGCUUCAUAAAUGCAGAGAAAACCAAACUUGACAAGUCCUCACGAUGGUACACAGAGCUUUAACAUAACAGAUCAACAAAAACUAGUUUUUUUAAAUAUCCUUUAAAUAAAAUUUUUAUUACACCUCUAGCCAAUGUAUCCCAUUAAAUUCAAACAACUACAAUUUUCUAUAUCUUCUUUUUUAUUCCUCUAUAUUAAUCAUUUAGAGCUCUGGGUUCCUGAGAUCAUUUUGUCAUUUUAACACAAUGCUUCACAGUGCUGUGUUUUCUCUUCCCCAAACCAUAAAUAUAUAGCCCCUGGCUUGGGAAAUAGGCCCUGACACCCUUUAAAUGGCACUUGCUGUAAGGCCGCCUUAAAGUCACUGCCUCUUCUCUGCAUUCAAAACAAAAGCUACCAAACUAGGCAACAUAGUAAGACUCUACCCACCCUCUACAAAAAAUCAGAAAGUAAAAAAAUUAGCAGGAGGAGUGCACAGCUGCCAUCUCAGCUACUGGGAAGGCUACGUGGGAGGAUGGCAGGAGCCCAGGAGUUCAAGGCUGCAGUGAGCUGUGAUGCAACCACUGCGCCCCAGGCUGAGUGACUGAGCCAGUGAGACCCUGUCUCUAGAAAAAGAAAAAGAAAAUAGAAGUCACAUCAGUUUGAAAAUACACCUGGAAGACUAGAGGGGAUUUAGGUACCCUCCUUACCAGGUUUUACCAGGGCCCCAAGUGGUCAGAGGGAAGUUCCCAGAUGAUCAGGCACGGGUUUACCUAAUUUUAUGUCUUGGUUAGAGUAUCUUGUGAAGCAGUCAGAAGCCACGAAAUGCAUGAGGCCAGAGCUGGGUCUGCUUUCCGAGUCCAGACUGCAAGUGACCACCCACUCUGGGGUUGGGGUCAGGAAGGAGCCCAGAGCAGCCCUAAUUCCCCAUGGGAGGGAAGGGAGCAGAGCAAACAGCAGCACUGGUGUUUGUGUGUUUGGAACAAGCCCCACUAGGGAGCCCAUGCUUUUCCAGCAGGAGUGUACCUCCCUCCCUGCGCUGCAGCCCUGUGUGUCUGCAGGAGCUCCCUGGAGACCCUGAGAAAGACUGCCCACAGGUGAGCAGUGUGGCCUGGCCAUGAAUGGGCCAGCAUUUGUAAUUAGGCCACAGGCAGCCCCACCGCACGUGGGCAGCAGUCUGCUGGGUCUCUCUCACCCGGAGUGAGAGGGACAGAAGCCCCUCCAUGGGCGAGAUUGUUACUCACCUGCUCCUUUUUUUUUCUAAGACUCUUAGAAGAAAGGCUGUUUUAAUUUUCUUUCCUCCUGGGGAGCAACUUCCUUUCCACAGCGCUUUCCUGGCUGAGUGUCACAAUGCAUCUGUCUGGGAUGCAUAGGCAGCACCUUUGGCCAAAAUUACUUUACUGAGAAUAUAGAGGGGUUUUUUUAGGACUUAGCCCAAAAGGGAUUAGUGGAAGUUUUGAAGCCCAUCAAAAGUGAAUAUGUUGGGUGGUGCCUGUGGCUCAAAGGAGUAGGGCACCAGUCCCAUAUGGCAGAGGUGGCGGGUUCAAACCCAGUCGCAGCAGGAAAAAAAAUGACAACUGCAAAAGUGAAUAUGUCUUCUGCCUUGCCAGCAACAACAGUAUUAGAAGUCACAGAGCAGCACUCAGCACGCACAAAAACGCACGACUGGCAGCGCCUGUAGCUCAAGGAGUAGGGCGCCGGUCCCAUAUGCCAGAGGUGGUGGGUUCAAACCCAGCCCUGGCCAAAAACCACAAAAAAAAAAAAGAACAAAAACGCAUGACUGUCCCAAAGGCCCAGAGUUCUCAGAGUGAGAACGUUUAGUGUGUGUCCAUGCAGAGGGGAGGAAGAGGGCUAUAGCAGGAGGAGAAAGCGGGAGUAGCCCGGGGUCAUGUUAGGGACUUCCUCUGUGCUUGUUUUUUUCCUAUUAAGUUUUCCUGACAUUGGCAUAGGUGAUAUUAGCUACAAGGGGUCGUGAGUCAUGUGAAUUUUGCCAGAAGGGAGGCCUUUGAAAAGCUAUUGACUCUGAUACUGGGAGAGAGAAGCCAUUCCACCACAUCUGCUGACACGCUGGUCUCACUCCCCCCCGAGGUGAGAAUUUACACUGGAAAUCACAACCCUGCUUCCCAAACAGGGCUCUACUAAUGCUAGGCCAGGCACAGACACCGGGCCAUCUUGGCAGGUGGAGGGGCGGAUUUGGGAGAGCAGCUGGGUCCUCACUGCACGAAGUCACACCACCCACCACGGGCCCACAUCAUCCACAACAGGCCCCCCAUCCUCGCUUCUCUCACUGUGGAAAAGAAAUGUGACUGUCUAAAUCAAAUCCAAAGUUAUACAUACAGCUUGUAAAUUGUACUAACUUGUUUCUUUUCUGUCUGGUCCUUGAACAGUGCAACUUGCAUUUUGCAGAUGGUGAUUUCUUGUGUUGUUCUCCACUUGUUUAAUAUGAAAUUGCUGUAUCUGUCAGUUGUCUGUUUUGUGAUUUUUAGUUCCCACUGGUGCACUGUGGAUGGAGUGUACCAUGACAAAGAGACAAUGUGCAGAUGUGUUGAGUGUUUUAUUUUCAAAUGACUGUGGUGUUGACAAUAUAUUGAUUUCUCAAGAAACUAAGGCAAAUUCUAAAUUUAUCAAAAUGUGUAUAUUUUAAUAAAUGCAUUAAGCUUU